AGAGAUUAUUUUCAAGAAGAAAUAGACAGCCAAAAUCGUUUUAAAGCAAGUGAACUCACAAGAAGGACAUUUUCAGAAAGCAUAUUUUUUUUAUUAAAGAUAAUUUAAUUUUUAUUCAAAUAUAAUUUUUCUUAAUGGCGAGAAGUAAAGGCACUGAAACUGCCCUUGAACUAUUACGAUAUUUGCCCCGAGUUAGUCAGUAUAAUGUGCUACACAACCCCGGCGAAUUCAAAAAGAAGAAUCGUCCUAGGGGGCAGCAUGGUGGAACUACUCAUGGGCAUGGAAAUAAAGGUGCAAAGCAGCGAUGUUCUUAUCCACGACUUGGAUUUGAAGGAAGAAAGAAACCUUUUUAUUUGAAAGUGCCCAGAGAGUUUUAUUAUAGAGGACAUCAUUUGAGACGUCAGUAUCCACCUGUUAGUCUUGAGCAGCUACAACUUUUGAUCGAUACUGGAAGAGUGGACCCAUCUCAACCAAUAGAUUUGACUUCUAUUUGUAAUACACAACUCUAUAAAAUUUAUCCAUUUGAAAAACAUUUUGGUGUACAUUUAACAGAUGAAGGUGCAGAUUGUUUCACAGCUAAAGUAAACAUUGAAGUGCAACAUGCAAAAGAAACAGUAAUAGCCGCAAUUGAAAGAAAUGGAGGCACUAUAAUCAAUGCAUAUUACGACAUUGAUAGCGUAUUGGCCAAAGUUAAUCCUCAAAAGUUUUUUGAAAGAGGUCAUCCGAUUCCAUUUCGAAAGCUCCCUCCCGAGGAUGCGGUUGAGUUUUACACCGAUCCCAAAUGCCGAGGUUACUUAGCUGAUCCAGAAAAGAUAGCGGAUGAAAGAUUAGCCCUGGCGCAAAAGUAUGGUUAUGAGCUCCCAGAUAUCUCGAAAGAUCCAGAUUAUGAUAUGCUUACCAUUCGCAAAGAUCCAAGACAGAUAUUUCUAGGAUUAGAGCCUGGCUGGUUGGUUAAUUUAGCUGAGAAAUGUAUUUUGAGGCCAACGGAUCAAGUUUUGCAAGAAUAUUAUAAGUCCUAAAUAUUUUGAGUGCUUGUUGUUUAAAAGUUUUUAUUAGCUAUAUAAAUAAAAGAAAUUGUUAUAUGAAAA